GAGAGAAGGAGCCCUGGCCCUUUGUGUGGGAAGGACUCAGCAGGAAGGUGAUUUUGCGAUUACUUCAGCUUGCCAGCAGAGCAGGCUCUCCCAGAUCCACAUGCACACCACUGUCCAGUCAGCCAGCCACAGCCUCAGCUAGAACUGCAUACAGUGAGUGCGUACGUAGGUGCUUGUGUAUGUGUGUCAACGUGUGUGAGACCGAGUGUGUGUGCGUGUGCUCCAAGUGGCCAACAGCGUCGACGCCGGGCUUCUCCUUCUGAUGAUGAAGGCAGACGUCAGACUGGCCCAUGAAUAUUGAUGUGGAGGAUAGUCUGUUUCAUAGAAGAACAGGAGGAAGCAAGAUGGCUGCCCUUUAGGAUUUGUUAAAGAGGAGAGCCAGACGGUUUGCUGGAAUUCUACAGAGUGGAGGGACGUAAACCGAGGACGCAAAGAGGGCAGCCUCGUGGAUGGACUCAGAUCAGACCAGAUGGAAACAGAAAAGGCCAGUCAUGCGACGGAAGAAAGUCUGAGUAUAGCACCAUUUGGCGUUACACACCCACAGACAGACAAACUGAUCAGCCAGUUGCAGAAUGGUACCCCCUCGCCUGAAGCGGGCUCUCCACACCAACUCAACGGGGACGCCUGGGGCCACUUCAAGCCCAGCAACGGCAGCAGCAGCCUGGGAGCCAACCCAAUGAAGAGACAUCGGGAGAACUGUUCCAGCCCUGCGAGCAUGCAGGGCCUAUUUGACCCGGCGGCGGUGUACGGCAUGAACGGAGAACUGAAGCACAGUCUGAGCGAGCAGCCGCAGCUCGGGCCCCAGCAGCCCAAGAGGCCACGCGCGGCCGAGCCACACAUCAACGGCACCAAGGAGACGGCAGCGUGGGAGAGCACAGAGUCCGGCGGAGCCGAGGACCGGCUGGAUGGGUUUCCAGAGCUGACCAAGCUGCCGCCGCCGCAGUCAGGUGACUACGAGUGUGACAAUGCUGUGCAGGACGGUAAACUGGACAGCAAAAGAAAUUUUAACCUCCCCAACGGGGACAUCUUCUCGCUUUCAAGGAGUAAAUCGGUGCCAAUUUCUAAUGGUGCUAUAGAGACCCAACCCUCCAUGGUGGGCUCGCCCGGUGACCUCUUAGAAAAAACUCUCUCUCAGUAUUACCCUCAGCAGGUGUCUAUCGCCCCGCAGACUGGCCAGUCACAGGCAGACAGAGAGGUCUGCUCUGCUGUCAUUAGUGAGAGGCCUGAACAGAACACCCAGGCGCCUUCUCUCACCUCAGGUUACCCCAUUUCACCCCAGAUGCCUGCCUCUGAGCAGCAGGCCAGGAUCUCCCCAGAGCUGCAUGAUGGCAACGGUGGCUUUGACACCCAGUACAUGAACGGAUUCUCCAGCAGCUUUCGAGGGGAGCACCACCAGCACCCUCAACAGCAGCAGCAGCAGCAGCACCCUCUACCAGACAUCCCUGACCUAGAACAACCUCACAGUCUGGACCAGGCGCCUGGCAUGGUUCCACCACAGCGGGUCAGCCCUGGCUCUCAGCAGGCCCAGAACGGCUCGGAGUGCUUCCACAGUAACCCAGAGGGCCCCAGCAUCUUUUCCAAACCCAACACGGAGUUCAACCAGGGCCCCUACCUCCCCUCAUUAGACUCAAGCACUCCUCUUCACAACACAAACAAGGGCAAUGGAUUUGGGCCCUUCAGCAGCUCAGCUGGGCCCCCAAGCACUCCUGAAGGCCAGCUGCACAUGCAGUAUGGUGCCCAGCAGCAGAAGCAGCAGCAGCAGAAACAGCAGCAGCAGCAGCCUGGCCUCCCUGGCCCAGCUGAGCAUUCCUCCCUGCAGGGCGCUCCUGGUCAGUCCCAUCCCGCAAUCCCCUCCCUACGGACGAGUACAGACAGGGAGCCAGAGUCCCAGGCUGGUUCGACACCCAUGCAGGGUCAAUGUGGCACGCUUGAAGGUGAGCUGUCCCUGACCCACACACAGGAGAUGUCGCAGAGGGCAGAGGCCUGUUCCCAGAUGGGCUGGAUUGACCUGAACUCCCAGGGCUCGACACAGUCCCCUAGCAUGCCAUCCAUGUGGGGAGGCUUCCCCCCUCCAUCCCCAGUGGACCAGCAGCCUCCACCUGCUCAGCAGACCCAGGGGCAGUCACAUGACCCCAGCUCCACACAGGGCUUCCUACCACAGGGCUUUAACCAGCCAGGCUACCAGAAGCAGCAACAGGACUGUCAAUCACACGACUGGCAGCCGAGGGGCUCUAAAGCCUCGCCCACCGGGCCCCUGCCAGGGCCACCCAAACUCCAGCACAUGCCCCAGCAGUGCAGUGUUCCACCACAGCGGGCAGACAACCAGUUUUGCGCUCAGCAAGAGCAGCACUUAUGCAAAGACCAAGACCUUGAGCAAAUACUGUCGCCCAAUUUCAUGCCCCCUCACCAGCAACCGUUGCAACACCCUCCACCCCACUCUCAGCACGAGGGUCACCAGGUGACUAACGCACUUCAGCGCCAGUGCUCUCAGGAUAGCACCUCAAACAUGACACCCCAGCCAUCAGACCCGUCACAGGGCCCCCUGGACCCCGAGCUCUUAAACCGCCUCAAGAUGGAAAGCUACAUGAGGUCAGAGAAACAACAACAACAGCAGCAAUUGAAGUCUCCAUCAUACAGGGGUCAACCAGGGCCAUCUCCGCAACCCUUGUCCAGCCCAUCACACAGACCCAAAUCUCAGCCUUCACAAAAUGACCCGACCAUGUUUGGGUUUGGCAGCGCAGACGGGCCUAGCAUGCAGGACAACUUCAAAUUCAACAAAGCAAUGGAGAUGCAAAAACAGCAGCUGCAGCAGCAGCAGCAGCAGUACAGCCCCGGUCCCAGUGCUCAGAAGCAAUAUCCUCAGCAGCAACAACCUCACAGUCACAACAGGAUGCCAAACCACAUGGACUUCCCCCAGCCACCAUCAAGUCACAUGCUGCCACCUUCGCCACAGCAGGCGCCGGGCCAAAUGUACCCCAAACUGGAACACCCAGAGUCCUGUGCCCAGUAUCAGCGCGACGCCCUGACCAGCCCUGGACCACACGGGGACUUUCAGAGGCACGCUGCCCUGCGGAUGCACCUUCUGCAGAAGCAGGAGAGGCACGGUGUCCCACAGUGCCCCAAUGACCUCCGUCAUGCCAUCAAGCAAGAGAACGGCCUGAGAUUUGAGGCCCCUCACAUGCCGCCCCAGCAGCAGGGCAGGCUACCCAACGGUGGAGGGCCAGUGAUGGUGAAGCAGGAGCGGCCAUCCACCUGCGAGCAGAGCCAGCAGCAGCAGCAGCAGCAGCAGCAACGGAGCAUCCUCGCCACCAUGGAGCAGCAGCUCCGGCAGUACCAGCUCUCGCCCGUGUUUGAAAAGAAGUCACUGGUGGUCAAGUCCCCAAAUAAAGUCAAGGUGGAGAUGUCAGGCGGGGUGACUGUGCUCUCAACAAACGUUGGCGCGUUCGGUAGUGAGGACAGGAAGCCAGCCGAAGUGAAAAGAGAGCCUGGGCUACAAAGCUUUAUGGAGUCACCCAUGAAGCUGCUGGAUACACCCAUAAAGAACCUCCUGGACACGCCUGUGAAGACACAGUACGAGAUUCCGCCCUGCCACUGCCUGGAGCAAAUCAGUGAGAAGGAUGAAGGCCCGUAUUAUACUCAUCUUGGGGCAGCUUCCAAUAUCACCGGCAUCCGUGAAAUGAUGGAAAAGAGAUCUGGCUUCACUGGCAGCGCCAUAAGGAUUGAAAAAGUUGUGUAUACAGGCAAGGAAGGCAAGAGUACACAAGGGUGCCCUAUUGCCAAAUGGGUUAUUAGGAGAGCCAACGUGGAUGAGAAGCUGUUAGUGCUGGUGCGAGAACGUCCAAGCCACAAGUGUGAGACAGCCUGCCUGGUCAUAGUGAUACUGGUCUGGGAGGGCAUCUCAAUCAACCUGGCCGACCGCUUGUAUUCGGAGCUGAGCUGCACACUGACGAAGCACGGUGCCCUCACCAACCGCAGAUGUGCUCUCAAUGAAGAGAGAACGUGUGCGUGUCAAGGGCUUGACCCUGACGCCUGUGGAGCCUCCUUCUCUUUCGGCUGCUCCUGGAGCAUGUACUACAAUGGUUGUAAAUUUGCCCGGAGUAAAAUACCUCGCAAAUUCAAGCUUCUCGGAGAUGAUCCCAAAGAGGAGGAAAGGUUGGAGUACAACCUCCAGAACCUGGCAACGGUAAUGGGCCCCAUGUACAAGAAGAUGGCACCAGAUGCUUAUAGCAACCAGGUGGAACAUGAGCACCGGGCUCCUGACUGUCGGCUCGGGGUAAAGGAGGGGCGACCGUUCUCUGGGGUCACUGCCUGCCUGGACUUCUGUGCGCAUGCCCACAGAGAUCUACACAACAUGCAGGGAGGCAGCACUGUGGUUUGUACACUGACAAGGGAGGACAAUCGUGAGAUUUCAAAGAUCCCUGAGGACGAACAGUUGCAUGUGCUGCCACUGUACAAAGCCUCCAACACUGAUGAGUUUGGCAGUGAGGAGGCACAGCUGGAGAAGACCCGCACCGGCGCCAUCCAGGUGCUCAGCAACUUUCGCCGGCAAGUGCGCAUGCUUGCCGAGCCUGCCAAGUCCUGCCGGCAGAAAAAACUGGACGCCAAGAGAGCUUCAGCUAACAAACUGGCCGGCCUCCCCGACACGCCGAACUCUAAGGGAGACAAAUCCGCUCAAGCAAAGAAACAGAGCACUUAUGAGAAUCCUGCAGGCCAGAACACACUUAUACCAGGUGUCCUUGGUGCUUCCCUUCAGCACGGGCAGCAGCCGCACCCUCUUCAGCACCAGCAGGCCGCCCCGCACCCUUACCCCGGCUCUCCGCACGCUGCAGGAUACCCCCGGUUCCCCAGCUCUCCCAGCCCUUUCCCCAGCACUCCGAAGCCGGGCAGCUUGUACCCGCAGUCACCCAUCUCAGCGAGUCCCUACCCUUCACCUCUACAUGUACCAAAUGCUUACAUGAACGGAGGAAGCCCAGCCAGCCCCUAUCCCAACGCUCUUACACCCAACAACCUCUACCCAGGAUAUCAGUGCAAUGGGGGGAUGGCCAUGGAGAACUAUCAUCCCUACUACCCCGGCAGUCCAAAGCACCUGGAAAUGUACAGGCAGCAGAGGCCGCACAUGUACCCUGAGCAGCAGUACGGGGGUCAUCAGCGUUAUGGGGUUAACUAUCCCCCACGCUACGGUGAGCCAGGCCUGCAAGUCAAUGGCUUUGGCAACUGCGCUGUGAGGCCCGGGGUUCACCCAGUAGGGCCAUACCCUUCUUACCCUCCUAGUGGGGGACCUGAGGCCCAGUUUUUGGAGGCCAUGUCCCGGCCUCCUUCAUCCCAUCCCAGUUUGGACUAUGCAGCUGUGAGCAAAGGCAAUCAGUUCAGUAGGUACCCCAAUUCAUACCUGUCACAGAAUCCUCAGAUGUUUGCUCCAGGCCUGGACCCCUUGCGUAUGCAAGCUAAGCCUGAAAUGAGCUUGCAUGGAGUCAAUGGUAUGCCUCAGGGGCUUCCACCGCUCGGAAGUGAAUGCCUGACGCCUGGUGGCCAACCUCCAUUUGGGCUGCCCAAUGGCAGCAUGCAUAGCGCAAUGGUCAAACAGGAGCCUGGAGCCCCGAUUCCCACCACCCCAAAGAAGGAGGCUGUGUGGUCAGACAAUGAACACAACUUCCUGGACCCUGACAUCGGUGGGGUUGCCGUGGCACCCAGCCACGGCUCUAUCCUCAUCGAGUGCGCCAAGAGGGAGCUGCAUGCAACCACGCCUCUCAAACAGCCCAACCGCACCCACCCCACCCGCAUCUCACUGGUCUUCUACCAGCACAAGAACAUGAACGAGGCCAAACACGGACUGGCUCUCUGGGAGGCCAAGUUGGCGGAGAAGGCGCGGGAGAAGGAGGAGGACGCGGAGCGCGGCAUCGAGAGCACACCGAGCAAGAGCAACAAGAAGGUGAAGCGUGAGCCUCCGGAGCACUCCGACCUGGUGGAGCCCCCCUACAAGCGCUUCAUCCAGACCCUGACCGAGAGGUCCAUGUCCUCCACCACCAACACAUACGUGGGCACGGCGCCUUACGCCUUCACCAAGGUCACAGGCCCGUACAACUGCUAUAUGUAGGCAAGCGGGACUCCUUGUAGUGUGAAGUCUCCACAUGCAGAAACACACACUCGUCGUUGGUGCUGGACAGGGUGCUACAAUGCAGUGAGAACAUGCCCUUGGUGUCGCUGCCUAUAUGAGCUUUCGAUAGUUCUCCCUCUUUCUCUCUGGGAUAUGUGAGUGACUUGUCACCCAGGAGGAAAACACCACAUCACCGGAACAGACAGCAGGAGCAGGAGCUGGCUUCAGAGAUCCACUGACGACAUAGUCACGCAUCAGAUCGGGUCACCCCUCCAGAGAUCAAGCUUUACUGACUAACCCUAAGGAGGUAUUUAUUUAAUAUUUGGUUACUUUUUACAGGAUUCACACUGUUCUACUUCUCUGGUGCUUCUCUAAGUCCAACACAUCAGGACACAUAUUACUGGAAACAAUUUGUUUCAAAAAAAUUCGUUUUGGUGGCUUUACUUUUUUUUUCCAUCUUAAGGAAUAUCUCAAAAUAGAGAUGAUUUUUUGCAGUAAACACUGAUCACAUUCUCGGUGCUACAGGUAAAGAGUGUCUUAUGUUAAAAUGCCUUCAUAGUCAAAUUGGUGCAUACACACUGUCAUUCAAAGGCUACUAAACAGUUAUUUUAUGAUUCGUUGGUGGGUAAUGUCAGAAUAUCCUCAAAGACAUUCAUAUUUUACAGUGCUUUUGAUAUUGAAGGUAUGAGGGUUUAUACCUCCAAAUUGGGUCUCUAACUAAAAAAGGCUAAUUUCAUUUCUUGAAUAAAUAAAUAAAUAAAUAAAUAAAUAAAUAAAUAAAUAACAUGGUUGGAAUUAGCCUGCAAUACUCGAUAGAAUCAUCAUGCAAAAGGAAAUCUGUCUGGUGCUUUCAAAGGUUUCACAAAUCCUUUACAUGUACUUUCUAUUUACUGUGUUUUGAGCCAUUCAAAAGGUGCAUUUUUUUACAACAGUAAUAUUUCUAGGAGUCAGAGUAAAUCUGCCAGGAGGUUUGUAUGUUUUCCUUGAGAGUAAUCUUUAUGUCAGAAAUGAGAGUUCUAGGCCGAUGGCCCACUGAACAACUCUGGAGUCGGUGUUUCUUUCAUGUUAAUUUUAGUCAUGUGACUGUUGUGUUGAUGAUCACGUUCCUCACGGCAUGCGGGUGAAGCUCAAGGAACAGGGUUAGGUCUAUGUUAGCGUCAUGGUUUUUAAGGCAGCUGGCUUGCUGUGGGGUCCUCAAAUAAUAAUUGUAAUCUAGCUGUAUGAUUAAAAAGUUGAUAUUUGUACAGUAAAUUAAUUCUUUUUUCUGGAAUUUAGGCUUUAGAUUUUAGUACUGUAAAAACGUAAUUUUCUUGUUUGGGUUUCAACUGAGUUUUGUUUCAAAUGGUGCUACUCGACCUGCUACAAACAUAUAAUGUGAGAAUCUUUAUUGGGGCAGUGAGAAGGCUUAUGAAUGAUGUACAGUACCUACUUGUCAUAUACCUCAGAACUAGUUUGGCAAUAGGAUUAUGAUACAAAGGCUUUUUAUUAUUUCUCUCAGUCAGUUUUUCUUACGGCUUCACAGCACUUCACAUUGAAUACAGUUACAGCUACCACAGUCUCACAAAACCUUUAGGCCAAGGCAAGGCUAAGUUCAUUACCUGCUUUCUUCACACUUGAUCGAUUAGAAAGUAUUACUUGAACUUCAAGCUUUGAUCUAAUAGCAAAAUCAGGGAUACUUCAGCUUAUUUCUGUGCAUCACAACAUAAACAUUGCUCGUGUCAUUUAUGUUGUCUCCUCUCCUUCAGGGAUUGGCCUUUGCAUCAUGAAUCCCUAUGAAUUUAUUUGUACAUACUACAAAACACACAAAAGUAACUUUGUAAGAAACAUUGAAAUUACCUGCAUUUUGUACUUAUGUUUUAGUAGAUUGUCGGUUAACUUUAAAAAAAAGAAUUAAUUUGAUGGUAUGAUCAUAUGCACUGAGUUGAUUAAAGGGAAAGUAUGGCAUUGACUAAAUGAGUGAAGCACUCGCUUUCUACUAAAAAAAAAGAAAAGAGUAAAGCCAGGGCAGUUAUGACCAUAGAUGCACAUUUGCGUGCUUGUGUAUAGCUAAAGUAAAUUUAUUUAUGACCACUAAACAUUUAUAUAAUACUUUUUCUCCCUCUCUUCCAUUCAAUUCAAUGUGAUAUUUGGUGGGGUAACAGUUAUGUGUGAAACAUUUCCCCCAUUCUAAUAUGUAUAAACAUUUUCUGGAAGCACUUCAAUUCUUUUUUUCAGGAAAUUAAUGAAAUUAAAGAUUACAAACAUUUAUUUAAAAAGGUAGAUUGUAAAUGUGUUGUACAUACCAUGCGUUUGUAUCACAGAGGUUUCUAUCUUUGUCAUUUUAAAUCCCUGUCAUCACAUAAAAAUGUGUAGAAUCUGUAGUUUACCAGAUGUACCUACGGCCCACGUUUCAUAAACAAUCAUUGAUUCAUCUCUAUCUAUGGAUAGUUUCGGUCUUUUACACAGACCCUGAUCAGUAGACCACGGUGGCUGAUGUAAAGGCCGCAGCAAACUGUCAAACAGCAACUACCUUUACAGUCCCCACAGUAGAGCCCUGUUAGCUAUAAGUCAACUAGACAGAAUGAAUAGUGAUGAGAAAUUCCAUUUUUUUUUUUGUAAAGUGAAAAUUUGAUGUUAAAUUUCGGUGAACAGGACCCAGCUUCAGUAGCAGAUUGUGGAGGAGAGGGGAGGAGUGUUUAGGAUAGAGCGGGUGACAAGCAUAGCCAUACUUGAAAAAGCUUAUGAGUUUUUCUGAGUGGUGUCAACAUUACUUGAAUGACUUUAUGAGUUUGACUAAUGCACAAGAGUGCACAGCUCCAAAAUUAAGCUAGCAGUUCAUGUACACGUGUUGGUAUUUUGCAGUUAGACACUAAAGGUUAAAGAUAUAUUCUGCCUCGGUCCUUUUUUUCCCCUAAUAAAACUGCUUCCCUUGUUCCCCCCGAAGUUUGGUAUGCUUAAAAUGGAAUAUGGAUGGGUAUAAAUACUGUAAGUAUUGUAAUGUACUGAAGUACUGAAUGCAGUUUAUUUGAAAGCUGUUUAUUAUAUCAUUCCUGAUAUUGCUGAGAUGUGGGUGUUUUUAAUAAAAUUUAUAUUUAUUUAAA